AUGUACACCGCCCACCUACUCGUCGUCUGUCAUGGGUCAGUCUCCUUCUGCUCCAGUGAUCCCGUUUCUCAAUCGCGAGUCGAAUCGGACGACGACCACCUUUCGGCCAGCGCUGACGACGACAACGGCACUCGAGUCGAUCGACCCCUGAUACGACAGGUUCCGAACAAUAUUGAGACCACAUCACUUAAAUUAUUUCUAAUGGACUGCACAGACUCUGGGGACAGACCUCCCACAUCGCUUACAUUUGCCGCUCGGCGUCGGAACACGUCAAGGCGCUCGAAAGCGCCGUCGGUUCAACUUCGGCUCGGUCUUCCUCCAAGUCGUUCGAGUCGACCUCAUCUACGCAGCAGUCCGACGAGGUCAAGUUGGUCGUACUCGUGAGUCGAAUAUUCCUCAAGACCGCCUUCAUUGCCAUGAUCAAUCCCGCUGACGGUGUCUCUCCUCGCUGCCACAAAUGCAGCCUGCCAAACUUAACGAGUGGACAAACACUUACGACGGCAUCGACAUUUGCGCCGAGCGCGUCGUCCGGGAGAUUGAUCAAGGUGUGCACCAUUCUCAAUCCGAAUAUUUUCAGGAGCUCCCGAUUCUGACACAUUCGGUUUGGGGUCUGACUCAAAAAGAAUGCGAAAGGAUCGCUCAAGAUGGAGGACAGGUCAAACGGUUUUCGAUUGUAGGGUCAGUCAAAGUCUCGUCGACUUUGGGUCAUCCUCUGUCCACCUAAGACCAUUAAAUUGGCUCUCGAAUGCUCUGACCAUCAGAUACUCCCUCGGUGGACUUGUGGCUCGAUACGUACUUGGCCUGCUCGAGAGUCGCUCGCCGUCCUUCUUUGACGAUGUCAAACCCGUUAACUUUACGGCGUUCGCUUCCCCCUGGAUCGGCAUGUAAGCCAGUAUAUCUGCCGGUGAGGGGUCCAAGGUGCUCAAGUGGCUAAAUACACGCAUUGCUUUCUCACAGCCCUCGAUACGAGUCUGUCUGGUCGAACGUGUUCCGGUUCCUAGGCGCUCGUCUCCUUUCACGCUCCGGCGCUCAGCUCUACCUCACCGAUCGCUACUUGCCCUCCUCGCUCGUUGAAGGCAAUCAGCAAGAUGCGACGAAACGCAAAUCGAGUUCUCUCCGACUCUUCAAAACGAAAGAAAAGGCGGAGCCUUUGCUCUCGGUCAUGGUUAGUAGACAGUGCGGCGACCCAUUCCGCUAUGCGAGUCUGAUUGGUCCCCCCUCGGUAGGCGGACCCGCGCUACAGCUUUUACAAAGCAUUGAGCAAAUUCGAACGGUGCGAUCUUUAUGCUGUAGGCAAAUUUGAUCGAAUUUUCAUCGUUGCGGCUGCAGCUCAUGGCUCUGGACAUUAAUCCCACAGAAUACCGUCAACGAUCGCACUGUGCCGUACCCAACCGGGGCCAUGGAGACGCACGACCCGUUCUCAUUGGCGCGUGCCAAGGCCCAAAAGGUUGCCCAAGAGCGAGACAACGAUGACGAUGCCCAAAUCGACAUUCGUGAUGGAGGACUCGAAAUAGAGCUGGAAAAUGAUGCUGCCAUCAUCGUUUCUUACCGACCCAUCGAUGCACCUGUACAACCUCCGGUGGAGUCGAAACCCAAGCGACGCUUUCGUUUCCGCUUGCCCUUGCUCCUCAGACCCACGACUUAUCCCUUCUCUCGGCCGGUGUCUCUCAUCCUCAUCGUCUUCAUCCCAAUAACGCUCCCUGCCACCGUGCUUUUCCUCCUUGGUCGGUUCGUGCUGGCGUCUGGCCAAUCUCGGCGACGGAUCCUCAGCGAGCGCAAAGAGAUGGGAGGUGGACGAGAAGGCAUGCUGGCGCGGGUGGGCGUUGGCUUGGCCGAAGUGGCCGAGAGCGUCAGAGCGGACAAUCCCGAGUAUGCGGCCGGACUGCGAGAAGAUCUCUCUGGUCGGCUGUCGGAACGUAGCAAUGGGCAUGCGGGCAAGGCGGUGGCGUCGGCGUCGGCGUCGGCGGCGUAUGAGUCCGACAAUGAUGACCAAACGGGCUUUCCUGCCACUCUCAAGUUCCUCGGAUCCUACGAUGGUGUUGGCACCCCACCGUUUGUUCGCUCAAUGUCCCCACCUACAACUGCCUCCUCCGCUCAAGAACGCGUUCCGACGGACCCGAUCCUCACGGCCGGGCAACUCGAUAUGCUCAAGCACCUCAAUGCGCUCCCGCAACUGAAGAAGCACCUCGUCUUCCUCCCCGAGAGUCGCAACAGCCAUGGCGCGAUCAUCGCCCGAGAUCUCAGGUUCGCGCAGCACAAGCCCGGAACGAAGAUUAUCGAUUCGUGGGCAAAGAACUUUGUGCUCUGA